CUAUACCGUGUGUUAACACUGAAAUUCUAAGUUUAUUACAUUAAUUUUUUUAUCGUUUCAAGAUUUGUUGUAUAUUACAUAUUAUGGUUAUAUUCGAUGAUUUAUUUUUUUCCUUUCAAGUAAACCGAAAAGUUAUUUUAUAUGUAAUAGAAUAAUGUGUAAUAAUAAUGUUAGGCUCAGAGACUUUGUUAAUAUUACUAUUAGUCUUGCAGAGUACCACUACUACCAGUACAACUACUAGUAAUUUGGAGACUGAGAUAACGUAGUACUAACACUGUAACACUAACAGUAAUAAAGAAGUACUAUCGGAAUAGGACAUCACUUAAAUCAUACGUCUAGGUGAAAACUAGAGUACUUAUAGUUAUACCAAAUAAAACCUCGAAUAACUGAGUUUUUAAGACUGCUUUUAUUCAUGUUUGUAACACUUGAUUAAGUUGAUGACGUGCCAACAGAAUGGGUGAUUGUUUUAGUAGAUGUUGCCCAGUUGAAAAAAAAAACAGGUGUUAUACAAGGACUAAAUACUUUGGAUCAGGAAGUAUGCUAGAGUUUGAAAAUCUAAUUCCUGAGGAGGAUAAGAAGGAGCCAUGCAGUGUUCUUACGCCUCAUGAAAAGGAAUUACUUGAAAGUCAUCAUUAUGAUUUACUUUUGGAAGAACAAAGGGAACAAGAUCACCAGGUUUUCAGUGAGCUUCUACAGAAGGAAGAAAUAUUAGAAAUGGAAGAUGCGGCUACUAUUGAAGCAAGACGGGAAGCAGCAAAGAUGUCAAGACUUGCUCAAUCACCAGAUAUUAUGAACCCAGCUAGGCUAGUCUUUCACAGUGAUCAGUUUCGAUGGUUAGGAGAUGAUCCUCAGAAUUGGCACAUUGCUGGUAAUGAUGAUUUUGAUUCUUCUUCUGAUCAUUCCAAAGUCCAGGAUGAAUCUUUGGUUCCACUUUUUACUGGCCAGAAGUCUCUAAGUAGUAGUGUUAACCACCUUCUGGUGAGGGACCGGCUGACAACUCUGAACACCACUCCACCUUCCUCAAUAGACUUAGAAUGGGAAGAUGAAGCAGGGCUAACCCUGCCAGCUCCUGAGGAAGAGAUAGCAUCAACAUUUGUAUCAGAAACAACAAGUAACAGAUCAGUUAGGUCAACUCCUCCCUCAAAUGGCAAUGAGUUAGAGUGGGAUGGAGAGUUUACAAGUGUACAGAUGAGUCAACUUGACUUGGAGACAGAACAGUUGAUAUCAGAAAUAGAGAAGAUGACAGCAGAAGCAUUGAAUGAUACUGGGCCUAACAGGUGACACCCAAAGAAUAAGGGUAUUGCUGAAAAGGGUUUAUUUCACCAUCUGAAAGUUUCCAACAAGAACUCACAUUGAUUUUUGUAGCUUGAUGAAAAUUUUAUGUAUUUUGUAUUGAACACAGAACUGUGAGAUGUAAUGACAUUAACAGUGACUACUGUUGUACUUGUAUGUAAAUAGCAUCUUUAACAGAAUACAAUGUAAAACUUGCACUUUUUAUUUUUGGGUUAAGAAAGGUUAUAACUUUUAAAAAAGGAAUUGUAUUUUUGAUGGAUAAAUUUAUUGAUGAUCCAGAUAAUAAGUGUUAAAAUGAAUAAUUUAAUGCAUUACAAUUAUAAAGAAUUGAAAUCUAGAAUUUUGAAUUCUUUAUUAAAAGCUUUUAACAGCCAAAGUAAACGCAAAAUAAAAAGUAAACGUGUGAAAGAAGUUAAUCAUUUAUUUAUAAAAAUGUAUGAAAAGUAUAUAUAUAUAUAUAUGUAUGUAUAUACACAGUUAAACAUUCCAUUUAAGAGCCUAUUAAAAUAUUUAAAACCAUUAAUGUUUUUGUAUAGUAGGUCUAUGUGUAAUAUUGACACAUCUUGAUCACUACGAUAUCUGUCAUAUCCCAGCCAGCUUGAAGAGCCCUGGUAUUGGACCAAAGGACUCAUCGGCUUUGGAUACAGCAGAUAUAACAUGUUUGACAUAUUAUUAUACAUUCUUCAUUACUUUCACUCAAAAGAUCAAUUUUGUAAUAAUUGAAAGAUCUGUUACACAAGAACAAUAUACAUAGGUGAAGAUGUAAUAUGUUGUUUUAUUACCAAAUUGUGUGUCAGAAGAAGUUAAAAACACAUGAAACCAUUGUUAUCAACAAUGUAUGCAACUAUACCAGAGAACCAAAAUGAUGAAUCAUUUUAGUCUGAAUAAUGUUACAUAUUGUUUUAUUAGUGUGGAAGGAAAUAAAAAUCAUACACGUCAAGUUUCAUUUCAGGCUUCUGUGGUUUCCAAACCUACACAAAUUAAAUGAUAAGCAUUGAUACAUUAUUCUUUACAGUUUUUAUUAAUAUUAUGUAACUUGGUUUCAUUACUUUGUAAUUAAUUCAUGCUUUUUGAACACAAUUCUCAAACUUUAAGGACUUUUCCUGAAUAAAUAAUUAUUGAAAAGUUUUAAUUAACAACAAAACAUCUGUAAAAGAGGUUAAAUAUGUUUCAGUAAAUGAUCAUAUUUUUGGUCUUGUUAUUACUUGUAUGGGUAUAUAAUAAAUUCCUUAAGUGGGUGCCUUUAUGGAACAGAAAUCCACCUUUUAGUGGGCACUUUUUUUCUUCCUUAGUUAUGAUGAUUGUCUUUGUGUAGAAAUUAUCUGUUUGACCUGAUGGUGAAAAGAUACUCUUGGUUCACAUAACUUGCCUUUGUGUGGUAUGACCUGUAGUUGGAUGCUAGAUAAACUAAUGCAGCAGUCUGGAUGCUUUUCUUUUCCCUCUCUUAUAACACACACAACACACCUUUUGGUUGAGUUCAUCUAUUUGUUUCUGGUAUUAGAUCAGGGGAAUGUUUAUCUAGUACUCUACUUUACUCUGUUGGGGACUUGGGUGUUAUUUAUAUGCUCCUUGAUGAGACCAAUGAUUCUGCCUGUUUCGUGAUGAAAUCAAGUCUUCUCAACUUUCACUAAUUGACCUUUCGUACGUACCUUGCACCUGUUUGUGUCUCAUAAGAGUGUCCAAAUUUUUGACACUUGUCAAAAGAAUUACCAUUUCAAGAUGUACAUUAACACAGAAGUUGAAUUGUGUGCCAUUUAUGAAUGAACAAGAAACUACAGAAACAGCUUGAUAGUUAUAAAUGGGAGAGCCAUGGAGUUGAAGCCAAAAAAUUAACUUUUAUUUAUGCCCUGCUCACUUAAGGGGAUAAGUAGAAAAUGGUAAAAGUGCAGCGAAAUAAAAAUACUUUUAGUAAAAUAUUCUCAAGUAGAUACAACCUGUUUUACUUAUUUAUAUUAUGCAGUUUUAAUCUUGAAAUAUGAUCUUUAAAUAUUGAGAAGCAGCAUUUAUAUACAUAUUUUUUUUUUUUUGCAGAAUGUGGUACAUUAAAUCGAUAAAAUAAAAAAUGAGAUUUAGUUUCAUUCAUUGAUUUUCCAGUAACAUUGUGUUCUUAAAUACUAACAUAAAUGGUACUUAGAAGAAAGUCUUUCUACAAAAACACUUCUUAGCGUUGAAAGAGUAUGGAUGUACAUGUAGUUAUAACAGUAAAAGCUACAAUAGAACUACCUCUUCCAUAAGUGGCUAAAACAGUGUAUCUGUCAAACAGAAAAGCAGAGAGAAAGAGACACUGAUGACCCAAUGACAUUAUUUUUUAUCUAAAUCAAGCAUAUGCUUUUGCUUCUUGUGGAGCUGUCAGUCAGUUGCUUGAUUUUUGCUGUUUAGAUUAAAAUAAUCAAAACUGUAUGUGUAAUCGGUGUAAGAAGCAAAUACAUGGAACAAGUCUCUUUAGGGGCUAGCCUAGUCAUAGAUUAGCAUUUUAUUUUUAUCAUUAACUCUGCUUAUAAAACUGAUAAUUUUACAAAGUUGUUUUUCAUACAUUAGCAAAUACUAUGUUAAUCAGUUUCACAUGUACUUUGGUGCUAUGUUUUAUUCUAUCAUGGUGUUUUAAUUACAAUAGUAUUAUUUUCCUCAUUAUGUGUCUAGUGUAAUGAAUAUGUUUCUUGUGCUGUAUGGACUAUAAUCAGGAUAUUUCGUAUGACUUGUUAAUUAUAAUGAAGUCAUCUUUUUUUCAUGAAAUGUGGAUUAUAAUAAUAAAUUUUCUUUAUCAUAAAAUGUUUAU